AUGCAUAUCGCCUCACCAUUUCUCUCUUUGGGCACAUCUUUCCGCUCUAGAAGCCGAAGCCCCAAAUCAGGCAGUGGCACCUCAAGCCCAAGUUCAAUAGCAACCUCACCACCCUCCUCCCCAAAUUCCACCGACUCGCCUCACACCUCUCCGCACCACCUCUUCAACCUAUCCUUCCACUCCAAAGCCCACACCCACACAUUCCGAGGGCAACCCGACAGCGUCGGGCACACAAGUCACCCCAGAAAUCAAUCGGCGACCCGCACGCGCCCACUUUCCGACGUCCCACACAAUGCCAACAGUUUUAGCGUGCUGCCCUGCGCUGUCCUACGAGGCCGCUCAUCAAUGAUGGUCCUCCGCCACCGACCAUCUAAGACAGAUAUGGCGCUGAGCGCUGAGCGGUCGCGAUGUGAUGAAGAUUCCAUUGAGAGGCAGGGGUUGGGGCUAUUGGAACCGCGGCCGGUGGAUCUGGGAGUUGGGGAGGUGAAGCCUAACUUUGUGAUGGGCGGUAUCUUUGAGGUUAUGGAGGGGCGAGCUUAG